ACUCCGUGCAGCUGCAGCUACAGACACUGCUCUUUUUUUUUAAGCUUGUGGGAGACUCGUGAAGGGUGGGACAGAGACUGUUUAGAUGCACUCCAGGAGCCCCUGACUUUGAACGAGGAGGAGGCUAAAUUAACCACAAAGAACAUAACCAGAAAGUGAGGAAGGCAAGGCAUCUGAAUAUUUUGCCCUGUGCCUUCCAUCCUAGUUGAUACUUUGCUGCUCAAAAUGGCGCCACUGGACCUGGAUAAAUAUGUGGAAAUUGCCCGGCAAUGUAAAUAUCUUCCUGAAAAUGACCUGAAGCGGCUAUGUGAUUAUGUUUGUGAUCUGCUACUGGAGGAAUCAAAUGUGCAGCCGGUAUCUACGCCAGUAACUGUUUGUGGAGAUAUACAUGGACAGUUUUACGAUCUAUGUGAGCUCUUCAGAACUGGUGGGCAAGUUCCUGACACAAACUACAUCUUCAUGGGUGACUUUGUUGAUAGAGGGUAUUAUAGUCUUGAGACAUUCACCUUCCUUCUUGCCCUAAAAGCCAAGUGGCCUGACCGUAUUACCUUGCUGCGAGGGAACCAUGAAAGCAGGCAGAUCACACAGGUGUAUGGAUUCUAUGAUGAGUGCCAGACAAAAUAUGGAAAUGCAAAUGCUUGGAGAUACUGCACAAAGGUUUUUGAUAUGCUGACUGUAGCAGCUUUGAUAGAUGAACAGAUACUCUGUGUACACGGUGGUCUUUCCCCAGACAUAAAAACUCUGGACCAGAUAAGGACGAUUGAACGGAAUCAAGAGAUUCCACACAAAGGAGCUUUUUGUGAUCUUGUUUGGUCAGACCCAGAAGAUGUCGAUACUUGGGCCAUCAGCCCUCGAGGCGCAGGGUGGUUGUUUGGAGCCAAGGUGACCAAUGAGUUUGUGCAUAUCAACAAUCUGAAGCUAAUUUGCAGAGCGCACCAGUUAGUACAUGAGGGCUACAAAUUCAUGUUUGAUGAGAAGCUUGUGACUGUGUGGUCGGCUCCCAACUACUGCUACCGUUGUGGCAACAUCGCCUCUAUUAUGGUUUUUAAGGAUGUGAACACACGAGAGCCAAAGCUCUUUCGAGCUGUUCCUGAUUCUGAGCGGGUUAUCCCUCCCAGAACCACCACGCCGUACUUUCUCUGAAGUACAUUCACUUUUUGUGUACUGUGCUGGAUUUUUUUUUUUCAUUUUAUUUUAUGUUAAGCACUUUGCUGCUGAAAUGCUGAAUCUUGCCUUUUUUUCUUUUGAAUUCUAGAAUAUAUAUUCUGUUUAUAUCUCUGUUUCUUUGCUUAGGGGUUCUUUUUCUUUGUACUGACAAAGAAGAUUAACAACAAAGAUGAAAAAAAUGAUUCACACCACAUCAGCCAGAGUUGUAGGAGGGGUUAAAUAUUUUUGCAGUAAAAUUAGGAAUCCUUUAAGAUGGCCAUACACAAGUAGAUCUGCUUGUUUGGCGAGGUUGCCAAAUGAGUUGAUCUUUCCCUGAAUACGUAGAGCAGGGCCAAAUUGGGCUUGUCUGAUUGUUGGUCCAUAGGCCAAAGAUCAGAUCUUCAUGCAGAACUAGGCACAUAAGAUGUUGACCCAAUGUGUAGGGAACAAGUUGUCCUCUUUUAUCAACCUGUGCAUGGCAAGCUUUGGUUUAUAGCAUGGCAAUAAAGUGUUUACUGUUGAACAUAGAUGGAAUAUAGAGGAAAAUAUCACAUGGAUUUUAAAUCCCCCUAAAUUGGAUAUUUUAAAGAAUCCUGAAAGGUUUAACCUGGUUCCUAAUGGUAUUGUAAAUGGCGAACCGUGUGACUAGAGACUUCGUAUCUUGGAAUACUAACUCUACCACAAAGUACAAACAACAUUGUGUUUAUAUGUGUGGUGGCUGUGCUCUCUUGUUAGUGGGGCACCAUAAUAGUGCUCUGCUGCCCAUCACAGACGUGCUGGAAUUUCUGCCUCCACAAGGUUAGUUUAGACUUUAAAGUGAAGCUUUUAUUAACAUUAAGGCGAGUAGACCCUUCCCAAACACCUUUGUGGAGAGUGGGAAAGUUGCACAGCUGAAUCUUUCACUUGCCUCUUUCCUAUGCUGUUCGGGGGGUGGGGGCGUUUGGCUCUGCAAUGCCCCCCCAUAAUUUCCUGCUCUCUAUCCAAUAUUUUUAUUUGUAAGGAGAAGAAGAUUUCAGCAGCAAAGCUAUCAAGGACUGAUUUGUAAAUGCCUUGUGUUGUGCGUGUUAAAAAAAACAUUUUUAUCCACCAUUUGUUUUAAAGCAGAUCUGUAAAUGAGAAAAUAAAGCUUUUUUCAAAGGCUGCAUUUUUUGGGGGUAUUUUCAUUUUUAUUUUUAUUACUAGAGGAAAAAAAUGCAGCUUUUGAAAAUGUAUAUUGAUAUAAUUGUACCAAUCUAUGUGAGUUUUUUCCCUCCAAAUAUUCCUGUACUUUAAUAAAGUAUAUUGAGUCACAUAGAAGUUAAAUAUAAUAGAAAUAAAGAAAGUUAGUCUUUAA